AUGUCAAUUCAACUGGUCAGCAAAAUAAAGAACUUCAAAGUUGCUCACUUACCGGACGUUAAAGUGCAGGUUCGGAUCGGAAUGCACACAGGCCAAUGCGCUGCCGGCGUUGUGGGUGUUACAAUGCCUCGGUAUUGCAUAUUCGGGGAGUCGAUCAACAUAGCCACCAAAAUGGAAAGCCACAGCAAACGUAAUUUCUGA